UUAAGAAAUCUGCGAUGGCGGAUUGUCUACUACGCAUGCUUGUUUUUCUGGAAACAAGUCCAGUAAAGUUUAUCCUAUGUGUUGUAGGUUGUAGGUUAAGAUGGCUGAGCGGUUAGAAGAUCUAAAUCUGCCUAAUGCAGUCGUAACCAGAAUUGUCAAGGAAGCUUUACCAGACGGAGUAACAGUUGGAAAGGACGCCAGAACAGCAGUGGCUAAGGCUGCAUCUAUUUUUAUACUUUAUCUUACAUCAUCUGCCAAUGUAAUAGCCAAGAAGGGCAAUCGCAAGACUAUCAGCGGACCGGAUGUAAUUCAGGCAAUGGUGGAUAUCGAAUUUGAUCAAUUCAUUGAUCCACUGCAGGAAUCUUUGGAGAACUGGAAAAAGGUUCAAAAAGAAAAGAAGGAUGCAACAUCAAAGAAAAAGCAGCAAAAAAAGGAUGAAGAUGAUGUUAAUGGUGAGGAUGAAGAAGCAGGAAAAGAAGUUAUAGUUUUGUAAGAACCAAGUUUAUCAUACUAUAUAUUAUUAAAUAAGCAUAUAUUGUUAAUUUACUUAAUAGUGAUAAUUAAAAAUAUUUAUAAAGAAAAGAGUAAAGAGCUUAGAGAUAAAUAAUAAUAAAAAACUUGUCUUAAGAUAAACUAAAGAAGGAUGAAUAUUUAUUUUGGUGUUUGUUUAGUAACAAUAAUUUAUAUAUUUUUAUAUAUAUCUUUCAAUAAUAGCUGUAAUUUUUUAACGACUAGAAGAUGCAACACCAUGAUUUAAUGUUUUAAUACACAGAAAAGAAGUUGGAUUAGUUGUUCAAAAGUUAAAGACAGACUUGUAAACAAGCUUUAUUAUAUCAUUUGACAGCAAUUUUUUCGCAUAACUAAUUGACAAAGCUAACGUUUACAUAAAAAAGUAAAAUUCAGAUUGUAUCAAGAUUUGAAAGUGUUUUCACACAGAGAUAAUUGUUUAUCAAAAUUUGUCGUAAAAAUUAUUUUGUAUAAAAGCUGGUUCUUUUUAAUUUCACGCUCAACUACAAACAGAUAUUAUGUUUUUCUAUCUCUCUUUGAGAUUUGUGUGUUGAAUAUAUUAUAUAUUCUGGAUAUGUUUGAAAUAAUGAUUUAUAUAUAAAGUAAUUAUAAUUAGAUAUUAUGGAUGUAAAAUAUCCAGUCUUUGAUUUUCUCAGAACUCACACUUUUUUAAUCUUAUUUAGUAAUAUCCUUCAAAUAAAAUAUAAUUAAAAUCUAUCUAAAGCAAAAUAUUUUGUAACAUAUAUAUAUAUAUAUAUAAUUUUAAAUUGUGUGCAAAUAAAACAUAGUUUCAGCUAAAUUCACGGACGUCUUGUGUAGUAUUUUAAUAUCUAUCCAUAAUUCUCAAGAUCACUCUGUAUAAUAUAUCUAUAUAAUGUUGUAUAAUAUAGCUUUAUGACAUAACAUAUCGAUAAAGCAUAAAAUCUCACACGUUAGAUUUGUUUUUGGACAAAUAAAUUGAUUAAAGUUUUACUUUUUUUAUAUAGUUUUUAUAUUGAUAAAAAAGAAAAAAUGAG